GUUACAUUGAUCGUCGGUCUCACAUCCGCCAAGCCACAUGGAGUAGGCUUCUUCAUUAAUGAUGCGGAGGGCCUAGAGUAAGCAUAAAACUGGGGGCUGGUCCUCUCUGGCCCGCCUUGUUUCGAAGUAUCUCCAGCCUCGCCUAGCACAUCUGGAUCACCGCGACAUCCCAUGCCGUCUCUUGUAUCGGUGAUCAGCGCUGCCGGCCUGGCCAGUGCCGUCGCCGCCCAGUAUUUCCCGCCGUCACCAGAAGGCCUAAAAAUCGUCAAUUCGAAGAAUCACGAAGGUGUCAAGAUCUCGUAUAAGGAUCCUGGUAUUUGCGAAACCACUCCAGGAGUCAAAUCGUAUUCGGGUUACGUGCAUCUUCCCCCGGGUACUCUCAACGAUCUGUCCCUAGACCAAGAUUACCCAAUCAACACCUUCUUUUGGUUUUUCGAAUCUCGAAAUGACCCUAGAAACGCGCCACUUUCCAUUUGGAUGAAUGGUGGGCCUGGAAGCUCCUCGAUGAUCGGUCUUCUGCAGGAGAACGGUCCUUGCCGAGUUAACGACGAUUCCAAUACCACCGAAAUCAAUCCUUGGUCAUGGAAUAACUAUGUGAACAUGCUCUACAUUGACCAGCCCAAUCAGGUCGGAUUCAGCUACGAUGUCCCUACCAAUGGUACAUAUGACCAGCUUACGCAGAACUGGAACGUCUCAAGUUAUGCAAACGGCGUCCCACAGCAGAAUAACACGUAUUAUGCGGGCACCUUCUCUAGCCAGAACCAAUCCACAGCUGCCAAUACCACCGAAAACGCCGCCCGCGCUCUGUGGUACUUUGCGCAAACCUGGUUCUCGGAAUUCCCUGAGUAUAAACCGCACGAUGACCGAAUAAGCAUCUGGACUGAGUCCUAUGGAGGACGGUAUGGACCGUCCUUCACCGCUUUCUUUCAGGAGCAGAAUGAGAAGAUUGCCAACGGGUCCGUCGAGGUGGAUGACGCUCACUAUAUCCAUCUGGAUACCCUGGGAAUUAUCAAUGGUUGUGUCGACCUCCUUGUGCAGGCGCCAUCCUACCCCGACAUGGCAUACAAUAAUACCUAUGGCAUUGAGGCCAUCAACAAAACUGUCUAUGAGGCGGCGAUGGAUGCUUGGGACAAGCCCGGUGGCUGCAAGGACCAAAUCAUCGAGUGCCGUCGCUUAGCCGCAGAGGGGGAUCCCGAAAUGUACGGCAACAACCAAACCGUGAACAAGGUGUGUGACGAAGCGAACAAAUACUGCAGCAAUCAAGUAGAGGGCCCCUAUAACUUGUACUCGGGACGAGGCUACUACGACAUUUCACAUUUUAACCCGGAUCCUUUCCCCCCUCCAUAUUACUUUGGAUUCUUGAACCAGCACUGGGUCCAGGGAGCUCUCGGAGUUCCGGUCAAUUUCACCGAGUCUGUCAAUAGCGUUUACAACGGCUUUUCUGCAACCGGCGACUACCCACGCUCCGAUGUACGCGGCUACCUAGAAGAUAUCGCAUACGUGCUGGAUUCGGGCAUCAAGGUUGCCCUUGUAUAUGGUGAUAGGGAUUACGCUUGUCCGUGGAACGGAGGAGAAGAGGUGAGCUUGAAGGUGGACUAUUCGGGUGCCACCAAGUUCCGCUCUGCUGGUUACGCCCCUCUGCAGACCAAUGCGUCGUAUGUUGGGGGUUUAGUGCGGCAGUACGGAAACUUCUCAUUCACGCGCGUUUUCCAGGCCGGCCAUGAGGUGCCGGCAUAUCAGCCGGAAACGGCAUACGAAAUCUUCCACCGCGCAUUGUUCAACCAAGAUAUUGCAACAGGCAAGGUCUCCACCGCUAAUAACAGUACCUACUCCACUCACGGGCCGUCCUCGACCUGGAAUAUCACCAACACCGUUCCUGAUAGCCCUGCUCCUACUUGCUACAUCCUCGAGUUGCAGAGUAGUUGCACGGAAGACCAGAUUGCCAGCGUGGUGAACGGAACUGCCGUGAUCGAGAACUAUAUUGUGGUUGAUGAUAAUUCGUGAUAAAUUUCGGAAGUUGAUCUCCAGGGUGGAAAUAGUAGUAUAGCAGCAGUGUCUUUGUGGGCUAUUUUUACAUAUACAUAGGUACUACGUAGAAUGAUAAAUAAGGUGAAUCUCGAAAGAUUACAUCAGACUGGCUGGAUCAUGUGGAAACCUAAGAGUGGGGCUUCCCGGAAUGGGCGUCAGCACACUAGACCAGAACUGGAAAGUUCCCGUCCGAGCCAGUGAUUGAUGACUUGCCAUCGAAUUCCGGCCUGAGGGGACUAUGCAACGGAACCUCCGGGGCUGCAUACAUGCUUGCUCGAACUGGACGGGGCAAAUCGAUUGAGCUGACCUGUCAAAUAAA